AAGGAAAAUCAAAUUUGGGAUUAGUAUCUGCGCACUGCAGUCUACACCCCUGUUAUACAGCAAAACGACGACGUUCAGGGGGGAGCAAAGAGAACUGGAAGCUGGAAGUGAAAUAGUACAGAGAACUUCUUUCUUGUUUUGAGGAAGAAGAUAAUGUUGAUAACGGUCGGACAAGCAACGCCUUGUCUCAAUUUCAGACUUUCUCGUCUCAAUCCGUCGCCAACACUUCGAACUUCCCUCCGGCGACACAACUUCUCCUUCCGGCGAAAUCCCAUCAGAACUCCCGCCAUCGUCGCCGCCGCUGCCACUACUCCCAAGCGAUGGAGCACUGCUCUCAGCUCCAAAAGCUACGGGGUUCCAAUUUUCGAUCCAUUAGGCAUUGACUCAAAUGAAGAUUCUGGUCUAGCUGCUGCAUGGGAAAGCUUUGUCUCCUUGCUGUCCCCAGUAUUUGAGGUGGGUUCCUCAAGUAAUUCAAGAAAGGACAAGCCUUUAUCUCGAGGAGUUGCAGCUGCAAUUGAGGACAGUUCAAUAGAUUUUGGGGAUUUCUUCAAGGGCCCAUUGCCAGGGAAGUUCCUCAAGCUAUUAGGUUUCUUAGCUCUAUCCCGCCUUGGAAUCUAUAUCCCACUUGGUGGUGUUAACAGGGAAGCUUUUGUCGGGAAUUUAGAUCAGAAUAGCUUGUUGAGCACUUUGGAUUCAUUUUCUGGUGGAGGAAUUGGUAGGCUUGGGAUUUGCUCUCUUGGCAUAGUUCCAUUUAUCAAUGCACAGAUUGUGUUUCAACUUCUUGCUCAAGUGUAUCCCAAGUUGCAAGAUCUUCAGAAAAGAGAAGGGGAAGCUGGACGGAAGAAGAUUCUUCAGUAUACUCGAUAUGUUUCAGUUGGAUUUGCUAUACUACAGGCAAUUGGUCAAGUUUUCUUCCUUCGUCCCUAUGUAAACGACUUUAGUUCAGAAUGGGCUAUAUCAUCCGUCACCUUACUAACGCUUGGCUCGGUUCUCACAACAUACCUCGGAGAACGAAUCUCAGAUUUGAAGCUUGGCAAUGGGACAUCUCUCUUGAUAUUCACAAGCAUCAUCUCCUACUUGCCAGCUUCUUUCGGUAGGACUACUGCUGAGGCAUUGCAGGAUGGGAACUACAUUGGUCUUGGCACCAUUGUAGCCUCAUUCUUACUGCUAGUCUUUGGCAUUGUGUAUGUUCAGGAAGCAGAGAGGAAGAUCCCACUCAACUAUGCCUCGAGGUAUAGCAGCAGCAGUGGUGGUAGCCUUCAAAAGUCUGCUUAUCUUCCAUUCAAGGUUAAUAGUUCAGGAGUGAUGCCAAUCAUAUUCUCUACAUCAUCAUUGGCUCUUCCAGGCACUCUAGCCCGGUUCACAGGAAUAUCUGUGCUAAAAAAUGCCGCCUUGGCUUUGAACCCUGGAGGUUCAUUCUAUCUCCCUACUAACAUUAUGCUAAUAGCCUUCUUCAACUACUACUACACAUUCCUGCAAUUGGACCCUGAUGAUGUGAGUGAACAAUUGAAGCGCCAAGGUGCAUCUAUCCCAUUGGUCCGCCCUGGUAAAAGCACUGCCGCCUUUCUGAAAACAGUUCUGAGCAGAAUUUCAGUUCUGGGUUCAGCUUUUCUGGCCGUCCUGGCAGCUGGGCCAGCCGUGGUUGAACAGAUCACACACUUGACUGCAUUCAGAGGAUUCGCAGGGACCUCUGUGCUGAUUCUCGUUGGUUGUGCCACCGACACUGCAAGGAAAGUUGAAGCUGAGAUCAUAUCUCAGAAGUACAAGAACAUCGGGUUUUACGAUCUUGACAAGUAUGGCAAAUGAGAUUUUGGAAGGAGAGGAUGGAAGAUCUAUAGAGUUGUAAUGCUAUUCCAAGAGUACUACAUUACACUUGAAAGUAGCUGUAGAUAUUGAAUUGCACUUGUAUGGAAAUAGUGUAUUAUAUGUUGUGUAAUAGCAUAGUUCAAGGACUAUUUUGGCAAUUUUACAUGUAAUUUUACCAAUAUUUCGAAUUUGAGAAAGACUAUAACCCCUACUUGCUUCAACCUAACUCCUCCACUAGUAAACUACCAACUACCAAAAUUGAACUAUAAAUCACGAUGAUGUUAAGUUACAGUCCGACCACCUCAUUCUUUAACCAUACAAUUACAAUUGUUGUUUGAUCGAAAUGAUAUUCACCCUGACUAAUCAAUCAUUUGUCACCACAUGUGACCACUCCCAACUGGCGGAAUUGGUCACUUCAUAGACUAUCCUAGAGAAGAAGUAAACCCUAGAGAAAGAAGCAAAUGAGACUCCAUGAAUGAAUGGGGUUGUUGAUGAAGUAAAUGCAUGUGGAUAAAUGUCUAUUCAUCAAGGGACAAAGGGGGAUGGAGGGAAGUCAAUUCACAUUGUUUUGUUCAUACCAUGGAUGACUCGUCAACCGAUCUCUAUUUAUACAUGGCGAGUUGGAUGGAAGUCAAUUCACAAUAAUUACAAUUACAAGUAAGAAAUCGAACGACCCUACAAAAUGCUCACAAUUUACAAACUAACCCUAAGGAGCAACUCAUAUUCUUUUCACACAUUCCGCGUAUUUGCUAAGAGAGACAUGCAUGCAUUCUUUGACUGAUUUUAAUAGUUUUUGUCAUCUUCCCCCUGUUUCUUUGUAGGACUAUUUUGUGGCAGUUAGCCACAUCUUUGGACGGUCCUAAAUACUCUUUAUAUUAGCCACUUGCACAUGGAAAGUCUUCAAAUCGUAUCCAUUCAAUUUCUUACUUGUAAAUUACGAUUCUAUACAUCAGGAUGGAUCGUUAAUAAACAACAGGUAACAUAAUUGAUUUAUAGAGUUAGCUUAUGAUUGAGCAAAUGAUUCUCUUUGUAAAGAAGAGUUUUGUUUAAUGUUUGUUUUAUGUAUUUUGUAUGUGUCUUAGUCCUAAGCUUCUUUUUUUUUUCUAAUUUGCUUAGGUCACUUCUCACGUUUUUGAAUGAGACCACUAACCUAACCACUCGUCUCUUCCAAUUAUUAAUAAUUAAGUAUAUCACUUAUUUCUUUCUUUUUUCCCCUCUUCCUCUAAUUUUCUGUUGAAAAAGGGGAAUGUUUAAUUUCGAUUUGAUUAAACACACAUGAUAAUGGAGGGGGAUUAGAGAGAAUGUGAUUAAUACAAUUUCACUUAUUUAUCUUUUAUAUAUUGAACUAAUUAUAAUGUUUUUGUGUCCCAUUGAAGAGGACUAAUGGACUAUAAAGUAUUUCAGUUGAACAACUUUCACCAACUCUUAGAAGUUGUGGCAGUAAAUGGGCCACUAGCUAAUAGUAAUUGUUCCCUAAUAAUUCCUAUUGGAGAAAAAAAAAUCUUGUUUAAUUAAUAUCGUGUAAGAAAAUAUUAUAGGCGGCUCUGCUGAUAAGUUAUAAAGGUCACCGUUUUAUAUUCUCAAGUUCUAGGUCACAGGCGAAUAGGCAAUCAUCUUUAGGAUGGUUCUUUUAUUGAACCAUCAACAGACAUAUAUACUUCAAUGAUUCACUCAUAUGUUCUCUUGAAUUUAAUAAGUAUUCACAUAGUUAACGGCAGUAUCAUUAGUUCUAAAAAUCGAAAUUCAUUUAUGAGUAAAAGAUCAUUAUUCGACAAUGCCUAAAAAAUGUGAAAAGCAUGGAGUUAACUUUAAGCAAAGGUUAAGACAUGGACAUGGGUCCUCAAGUUUGGGUUAUUGUUUAACUAAUUGCAUGUGGAGGAGAAUUAUGGAAGAGGAGUAGGAUUUUUUUUUUUUUAAUUUUCAUAAAGAGGUAGCCCCCAAAUUAAAUAAGGACACAUGAACUUAUGGGGUCAAGACACAUAAUAAUGCACUUCUCCAUUCAAUUGGGGGUGUGGAUUUUUUGUAUAGCCAGCCAUUAGUGCAACAAUUUUGUCUAUCUAUAUAUCCUUUUUACAAUUUUGUUUUGUCCACACAACAAACCACAAUAUUGAUAGAAACACUUGUCCUUUCACACUCUGUAUAUAUCUACUAACAAAUAAUGCCAAAGUCUUGUAGCUCUUCUCUCCCAAUUUUGUGCAUUAAUGUUGGUCCUGCCCCUCAUGUUUGAGACAUGGACAAAUUUAUGUAUAAAUGUGGCCUUGGAUCUUAUCUUUAAAAAGGGCAUAUAAUUGUAUUGUUGGAAAUCUAUGUGGUAGAUGCUAUCGAUGAAAUUUCGCUUCAAACAUUUUGUAAUUAUGAUCUUCAAUACCAAAUGAAACUUACAAAAUUAUAUUAUUGGCUGGCUUUCUAUCUAUAUAUCCAAAUACUUUAGUCUGUUUUCAACUACUAUAGUUCAAAUCCAUAGAGUUUAAACGUUUUACUUUCUUUCACUAAUAUUUUUAACUCUACCACUAAUCACGAGUGUGAUCAAUAACUACUUUACUUUGAA